CGAUUCAUGACCUUGAGAUUGUAGACGCAUUCAAAAGUGACACAUGUCUUCGUGAGCUCGAGGGGAGAAGAAAAAGAAUCAGCUUCAUUUAUAAAACGUUUUGCGUAAUUCUGCGUAUUCCUUAAAUGAUAUGACGUCAAAAAUGGAUGAAGCCAAUGCAGGACUUAUAAAUGCACCUCCCCAUUCACGAACUAAAACACGUCCACCAGGGAAAUGCACUUUGGCAAGAAGAAGUUUAAAGCAUAUGUUUAAUAUGCGAAAAUAUUAUUUAUCAGUGAUUGGAUUAACUGGUUUCGAAGCUUUAUUAGUAUUAUGCAGAGUUAUACUGGAAACAGAAUCAUUACGAUUACCUCCAGGAAAUACUCAACGAAUUAUUUUCGAAGGACAAUUAGCUUUAGAAGGUUUUAGUAUAUUUAUAUUGACAUUAUUUGUCAUUGAGGUACCAUUCAAAAUAUGGGCUAUGGGAAUACGUCAAUGGGGUCGUCAAUUAUUAUUCAUUAUUGAUGGAAUUGUUUGUAUUGUCUGUUUUGCAUUGAAUGUCUACAAUAUUUAUCGACAUGUAAUUAAUCCAGCACGAAUGAUAAAUGAUUCAAUAAAAGUUAUAGAAUUAUGCAAUUAUACACAUAUAACUUCACAAGCUGAUACAGCGUCUACAUUUGCUGAGAUAGCUGGUCUCAUUAUUAUCUACAGAUUAUGGUAUAUCAAACAAUAUAUAAAAAAGACAUUACUGGUGAAAAAUAAACAAUCCCUUCGACAAAUCCAAGAUCUCCAACAAGUCUGUGAAGAAGGUGAAUAUCGUAUUGGUCAGUUGGAGAGUCUACUUCAAGAGCAAGCUAAUCGUAAGGACUAUCGUCGAAACAUAUCAAAUAUGAUAUCUGAUAAAAAUAAACCUGGACAACCACAGCUUCCAUCACAUUCACGACCGAAUUCAAAAGUCACAUAUUCAAGUCGUCAAAGUCAUCAAAAUAUAUCGGAUUCUGAACGUUAAUUUGCUCACUGUUGUAAUAUAUAUAUAUAUUAUUGUGGUGAUAAAUGCUUUUCAAAACAACUAUAUUACUAACUGUGUACAUUUUACUAAUAUGAUACAUGUACUACUUAAGUAGUAUAAACAGACUUUAUUAGGUACUAUUUUUAAUUGAAACCGAGUUUACAAAAGUUGUAAUGGAAGUGAAAUUAUACUGAACUCAGGCUAUAUACUGUGUUUGCAUUGCGCUAGCUUUAUUUAUUUAUUUAUAUCUUGUUUUAUAAAAUAAAAUUAGAAAAAAAGUGUCAACUUUUCAUAA